UUAGAAGAUCUUUUUUAUUUACAUCACUGACCUUUAUUAUCCGCAUCCCAGACUUUCUGCACUGGACUUUACACUUGGACCUCCACUUCCUGUUCUUGUAUUCAUGGCACAGUUGCAAAAACCAGUCUGAAACUUUUUCUCUUGACUUUCUGCAGUGCGUGCACAUGUACUGUGACAUGAUUUCCAGCAAUGAUCGUGUCACCAUAUAAACCUCAGUGAACAUGAAGAUCUUUGUUGUACAUUUCUGCGGCUGCUGCCGAGAACACACGUGAUUCAUAUUUUGUUGGGACUUCCACAGUUUUGCAGCCCAGCGCUGUGUUUUCUCCACGCUAACAUGAACAUGUGUAUUGCCUCACAGCGGACUCCCAGUGAUUUGUACUGUAAUGAACAGUCUUCUGCAGGCUGCUGUUAUUUCCAGAAGCUGCGGCACGCAAAACGAGAUGACUGAGAUUUAUUACAGAACUUGAGAAAUUCUCGAAAAUGUCCAAGUGGGUCACUGUGAGGUACACGGAAAGACCUUGACCGCUGAGGACAAACCACUUCAUGCUGCUUAUAUUACAGGUGCCAGUUUCCCACAUUGCUCAGACGGCCACACCAAUAGAUUAAACUGAGGCCUAUCUACUCUGUCUAUUUUUGUGUGUGUGUGUGUACAACUGUUACAUAACCACUCCCUUUACUGCAUGUGAUAAAUAAGAGAGAGCCAUUAAGGCAGACACAUUUGAAGUGCGGAGCUGAAGGUGUUCACAUCUCAAGAUGGACAGAGUCUACUGGAAGCUGAGCCUGGUCUUUCUGGUGCUGUUGGUCAGCACGUGUGUGGAGGCUUCAUUUUCAUAUCGGAUGGAAGACUUCAUCAGUGCAGUAAAGCAGGUGGAAGAUGAGGACCCUGGGUCAGAGCCGCUAGCUGUGUUGAAGAGGCUGCGUCAGGCAGCAGAGGUCAAUGACCCGUUUAUUCAGUACUUCCUUUUCAGUGAUCUCUCUGGGGUGCCUGAACUGGCUGCUAACCUUUCAGAUUACAUUAGAAAAGCUGUGCAUCACAGGGUGACAGAAGACGCCAAAGAGGAAGGGGUGGUCCUAACUCCUGAUGGUACCACUGUUGCCCUCAGACCGCUCCUCCUGGGCAUCGAGGCCGGUUUACUCGCCAAGACUCAAGGACGCAUUCGAGGUCUCUACCAACUUGCUCUGGCCAGAGAUCUGGGCCUUUCCCUCAGGCAGAGUCCAACUGUGACGCGGCGUCUGGGACCCGAUGGCUGCUGGGACAACCUAAGCUCUCCUCAAGUGUUCACCCUCUCGGACAGCCCCUCCCUGCUCACCACCGCUCAAGUCAACGGAGGCAUGGACGGCGUCGUGCUGGGGUUGGAGGUUUCUGACAAAUCCAGACGUCCUCUCAAGCUCAGCAGUCUGCUGACAGAGUACUACUGCCACCAGCUGGAGGGAAAAGGACUGGACACUGCCCCACGCCUCAUCAGCCGACGCCGCAGGGAGAACUUCAGACAGUUGGUUGUCCCGGUGCUGCUGGCCAGACAGGUGGUGAAAUCUGUACAGCUGCAGCAGAGUCUGACAGGACAGUCAAAUAUGGAGAGGAAGGAGAAGAAGGAGCUGAUGAGAGAGGUGAAGGAGGGGAUGAAGGAGUUUGUCCAUAUGUACAUGGAUUGCCCACCCAUCGUUUCUCGGUGUAUGUGGGGUGCAAAGCCGUACAUAGGAACACCCACCAACCUCGCGCUGCCUCUCUCCUUCAUGUUUAUCCACCACACUAGCACGCCCAGCCAGCCCUGUCUGACCUUUGAGCAGUGCUCUGCAGACAUGCGCUCCAUGCAGCGUUUUCAUCAGGAGGACAGAGGCUGGGAUGACAUCGGAUACAGCUUCGUUGCGGGCUCCGACGGGAACAUCUAUGAGGGCCGAGGAUGGUACUGGCAAGGAGCCCACACCCUCGGCUACAACUCUGUCGGCUACGGGGUUUCCUUCAUCGGAGACUACAGCAGGGUUCUGCCCUCUCAGCACGCCAUGGAGCUGGUGAGAGACCAGCUGGCAAGCUGCGCUAUCGAUGGCGGGCGACUCAUACCCACCUUUACCCUGAUGGGUCACAGACAGGUGGUGGACACCGCUUGCCCAGGAGAUGCUCUGUACAGUGAGAUCAAGACCUGGAAACAUUUUGGGGUAUGUAGGAAUUUUGAAGAGGUCCAGAAAUAA